CCGCUGUUGCCGGAGAGCGCUCGGCCGCUGCGCCGCCCGGAGCGAAGCCACGUUGCACCGCGGAGCGCAUGGAGCCGGCGGCGGGGGGCAGCAGCCCGGCGGCGGGCACCUCGGCGGGCGGCCGGGAGUCGGGGGGCUGGGCGGGGGGAGCUGGCGGCAACUGGAUGGCGACUCACCCCACGUUCACAGAUAUGAUGUCUCUUGACAUAUCUGACAGCGCUCAAAUCUAUGCUGCGUUUGUGGUAUACCUGGACCUCUUAGAAGGGAGAAACUGGCAUGAAGUGAAGCAUGUUGGAGUAGCAGAACUGCAACUUGUAUGUUUACAUGCACGUGAAAAAGAACAGGACAGUCUCCAAGUGAUGGUGCCGGUACCUGUGUACAUAUCAUUAAGCCACGAGAGACUAGGAAGAGAAACGGUGACAGUUACUAAAGAAAAUACAAAGGAGCUUCUGCCUUGGCUGACAGGUGAAUACAGGCCACUGUCUGAGUCUGCUUCCAGAUAUGGGGCUGUACACGCUCAACACAAGAUGGGUUUCUUUGGGUCCCAAAAUAUCUCUCCUGGGUAGUUGUGCCUUUUAUUUGCCUUUUUAUUGUUAUUUCUAUUUCACAUUCCCAGGAGAGAGAGAGAGAUUAAUAUCCACGGCUUCAUAAAACCAUGGAUAUAGUUCUUUCCUCGUUGGGUCUCUGCUAGUAGCCUGCCCUCACCAUUGAUAACUUACUCAGAGCUUCCUCUAGACAUGAGCUACCAAGGUGUUAACAAGUGGAUUCUUGCUCUGUGCACAUGCAGCGUGUCUGGAAGGACAUCUGGAAUCCUUUCCCAGGCCCUUGUCAUCUGCCAGAGCUACAGCAAGACAUUGUGGUGCUGGAGGUACCUCUAAGGAGGGGCUGAAGGUGACAGGAGCAGAAGGUGCCCAGCACCAGCGCAGAGAUACAGCGCUUCACAGCUUGUUUGUCCUUGCUUACUGCAGUCCUGGUGCCUGCUUAUACACCUGCGAUUCAUUUGGUACUUAGUGGUGCAACUCCAGCGGGCACGUGACCCCUUCUCUUGCCAGGUAGUGCUUUCACUGGAAGGUCUUGCUGUAUUUGAGGCAUUGCUGAUAGUGUGCUGGAUUUCUUCCUUGUUGCAGAGCACCUCCAUCCUUGAAUUGCCUGCAGCUUUGGAAGGCAGGCUUGAGUUUAUGCUCUUCUUAAUACCUACGGUGCAGUUAGUGUUCCCACAGCAAGCCCUGAGCCUGAGGCACCUGCCAAGUAAACGCCUGCGCAUAAACAAAGCAGUGCCAAGGUGGCAGGGAGCAGAGUAGGUGGUAUCAAGUUGCUUGAAAUAAGAGUCAUUUGCAGGUGUCCCUCUCCUGCCAGUGGCCACUACGCUAUCUCUUUGCUUGUUUGUUCUCUUGUUAUGGGAUGUGCUGAUGGUAGGAGGACCAGAAUAUGGCUUUUCACAGCCUUAGUCUCUCUGUUGCAUGGAAUGACUUAACUGUAUUAUAUUUCCAUGCCUUGCAUUAUGUAUGGGCCAGUGGUGAAAGCAAAAGAAAAGGCACUACUGAAUUUAGCCAAGCUGAAUUAUGAACAGUUCAGAACACAGAUGGAUGCUUAAGAGGGUCACGGGCUUAACAGCGUAGGCUUUCCAGGCUGCUGCUUAUUCUCUGCCGCUUUCCAUUUGGCUUUUAUUAAGGGAUCAAAGAGAUUUCGAAGGAAGAUGAUGAUUAAAGUUUAAAAGCUGAUGCAUUUAGAAAAAGCCUUAUUUUCAACUACGGUGCCCAACUUCAGAAAUGCAUGUUUUCUGGUGAAUGAGAUCUCAGGGGCACGUGAAGCGAGGGUUGAUUUUUCCCACUGCAUAGCUGACCUCUCCCCAGAGUGUAACCUCUCUUGGCAAUCCCAGAGGAGCCCUCUUCCACCUUUAGGUGAAGGAGAAAGCAAGCAUGUCCACAGGGGGAGCUAUGGGGUGUGUUAUUGUUUGUCACAGGUGAGUGGUUUAGGUUGCUUAAAGAAUCACCAUCAAAGGUAUUGGCUACUAAAACUAUUUUGCUCAAACUUUUUGAUGGUGAUUCUUCAAGUGUUUUGACCUAAACCACUGGUUUGUGACACUGUUGUGCCCUUGGGCACUGCACUCCUUCUGUACCUGCUCCCCAGUCAGAAAAGUAAUACAGGGACUCCAGGACUCAGUGUCAUCCUCUGCUCUGAAUUGAAAAGUGACUGGCAUGUUACUUUUAAAACAAGCUGAAUCAGAAAAAUUGCAUAACCUUGCCUUGAAUUUUUAAGGAAGACAUUAUUUAUGCUGACUGUCUUAAAGAACAUUAGUCUUGUGGCUUCUCGUCUAGACAGGGAGGUAGAGAAACCUGGCUUCAGUUCCUGGGUCUUUCACAGUCUGGCAGAGAAUUAUAGUACAGUGACUGGAAGACCUACCUCUACAUAUGGAACAAGUCUUAAUUAUUUUGUUCUCUAAUUGAACACCGUGUGUUGUUCAAUUAGAUAGAUUUUGUUUUUAAUUUAAUGAAAACAAGGCCAUUAGAGAUUGCCAUGCUAUGAUUGUGGUUAUUGAAGGAUGGCUGAGGCCUGUGCACAGUAGUACACCUAAGGAAAGCUUAAAAGCAUGUGUUGAGCCGUUUCCAGCAGAGAUGUAUGUUUUAUAAGGUUCUUUGUUCUUGGAUUUUGUUGCUUGAUUAUACAACUUUGGAUUUUUAUUAGAACAGAUAGUGCACUUUCUCUACUGAAGACAAAUUUGCAGAAUAAACCCAGACUGAAUAAAAAUAGCAGUGGUGCACUUCUACCUUUGUGCCAUCGUUAGGCGGUUGUGGGCUCCUUUCUAACAGACUGUUUCCU